CCUCGCACCACGUCACUUCCUUUCUGGUAAAAUCCGACAACAUGGACGCCAGCCGCGUGCAGCCGAUCAAGCUUGCUAGAGUCACAAAAGUCCUCGGAAGAACCGGCUCUCAGGGCCAGUGUACUCAGGUCCGAGUCGAGUUCAUGGACGACAGCAACCGUUCCAUCAUCAGGAACAUGAAGGGCCCCGUCAGAGAAGGAGAUGUGCUGACACUUCUGGAGUCUGAGAGAGAAGCCAGGAGGCUGCGAUAGUGGAAGAUGAAGCUGUGGAACAUCCGGUGGCUCCAGCUCCACUCACUGGGACGACAGCUCAUGCUCACUAUUUCAAAACACGUUCAAAUGUUUUGAAAUAAAUUUGGGUAUAAA